AUGAAAGCCUCGAAGGAUUACACCUUUGAAGAUGCCAUUGUUGUUAUAGAAAAAGCCAUGAAAGCCACGAAGCACGAAACAAUACUUUGCUGUCGGAGAAAACUGUGCCCAGAUGUCAGACACAGGAUUUACAACAGAGCCAAUCAAAUCAUGAAAGAGAUUAUGGAUAUAGCGAGAAAGCCCCAUCUGGGCCACUGCACCAGCUUCACGGGCUUCCUGCCCCCACGCCCCUGGCCUGCCCAGUGUGCCUGGGCCUCCACUCCGCGUGCCCACGCACCCAGUCUCCAAGACUGCGGCCACCGACACACACCGCGGUCUCCUAGGCCGCGGACCGUCGGCGCACCGCCCUCCCCCCACCCCGACCCCGUGCAGCGCCUGCGCACCCCACCUCAUCUCUUAGGCCGCGGCCCCCCUGAGCACCCCACCCCCGUCCGGUCUCCUAGUCCACGGACCACCUGCCCACCGGUCUCCUCGGCCGCGGCCCACGGCCCAGGCAGGCAGGACGUGCCUGCCGCCAUCUUGUGCACCGGGAGUUCCAAAAUGGGGCUGGGGCUCCUGAGCGCCGCGCUGCUGUUUGUGGGCUGCGCUCUCCGGUCCACAGGAUACUCCUCGCUCUCCGAAAGGCCUGGGCGCGGCCCCUGGUGGGAGAAGGCGGCUGCACCGGGGUGGCCGGGGGUCCCACGAGCGAGGCGGAGGGCACACCAGGCCCUGCAGGAGGGAGCAGCAGACCGAGAGGAAUGUGGAACAGCACCACUUGCAGAUGCCUUGAAAGGGUCUCGCAUUAUAGGGGGCACAGAAGCUCAAAUUGGUGCAUGGCCAUGGCUAGUCAGCCUGCAGAUCCAAUCUGGCAACAUCCUUGCUCAUGUAUGUGGGGGAAGCUUAGUGAAAAGUAAGUGGGUCCUCACAGCUGCCCACUGCACUAAGGACAUUAGAGAUCCUUUAAUGUGGAGAGCUGUGAUCGGAACUAAUAACAUACAUGGAGGUCACCCAUACUCCAAAAGGAUAAAAGUUAAAGCAAUCAUUAUCCAUCCAGACUUCAAUUUGGAAACUUAUGUAAACGAUAUUGCGCUUUUUCAUUUAAAAAAAGCUGUGAAGUAUAACGACUAUAUUCAGCCUAUUUGUCUACCUUUUGAUGUUUUCCAAAAACUGGACCGAAACACAAAGUGUUUUAUAAGCGGCUGGGGAAGAACAAAAGAAGGAGGUAAUAUUACAGAUGUGUUACAGGAAGCAGAAGUACAUUAUAUCUCUCGAAAGAUUUGUGAUUCUGAGCAGAGUUAUGGGCAAAUAAUUCCUAACACUUCAUUUUGUGCAGGUGAUGAAGAUGGAAUUUUUGAUACUUGCCGGGGUGAUAGUGGUGGACCAUUAAUGUGCUACUUACCAGAACACAGACGAUUUUUUGUAAUGGGAAUUACCAGUUACGGAUAUGGCUGUGGUCGGAAAAAUUUUCCUGGUGUCUAUUGUGGGCCAUCCUUCUACCAACAGUGGCUGACAGAUCACCUCUACCGGGCAAGCAGUAAAGGCAUAUUUAACGUAAAUAUUCUACUUGGACAGGUCCUCAUGGCCUCAGGUUCUGUUGUCUUACUAGGAAUUCCAUAAUGAAGUUCUGAAGAAUCUUUAUCUUGCAUUGCGUCUCUUUCCAUGUUCCACAUAAUGAAAACCAUUUAUUCUUUUGGCAAAUAAUGGCCCACUUUACAGUUCUUAUGUGAAUGUUUUUUGGAACAAAAGGAUUGUGACAUAUUAGAUAAGUGAUUAUAAA